UUAUUUUUCAAAGAAAACCUUCUGUUUUUUUUUUCAGAUUGAACAGUUUUCUGGAGAAUUCCUAGUUUUAUGUUCUGACCUUUUUUAAGGUUCAAUUCCGUCUCUGAACGACCAAAACUAGAAUGAGAAGUGUCUCUGGAAAGUGGGUUUGAACCCUUAACCACAGGGACGCUCUCAGCCCACAACAUCCUCAUCUGACUGUUCAGGAGUCUGAGCCCGGGUUUAGGGCGGGUGGAUGGUGGAGCGUCCUUCAUCAGAGGGGCUUGAGAUCCGGGCGGCUGUGGUGCAGUGGACGACCAGUCGACACCCGGAUGAAGACACUCGGAUGAGUGGAGACUGGAAGUCCAGAUUCCAUGACACAGCUUCACACAGGAUGAGUGGAAGCUGCGGGUUCGAUUCCCACCUCCUGCCCGUGUGGACACUGAACCACAUUACCGGUUCUAUAGCGUCACGUGUGGAUAAAGUGUUUUUAUUUAUUCUAUUUUGUUUCUGAUUCCAGAAGUUUCCAUGCUGACCGUGACUGAUCCGGGAUCAGGAUCAGCAGCCCGGGUCUCCGUUAUGUAACCGGUCUUACAGAACCCCGGAGAAGCUUCUCGGUUCUGGUUCCGUCUGUCUUCCUCCUGCAUCAGGCCACGCCCCCGCUUUAUUUUAACGGCCAGUGGUUUCAUAUUUCACUAUGAAAUGUCUCUUUCCGUUCUGGACUUUCUUCGUUUUGUACUCGUGGGCUUCAGGCGUGACGUCAUCCCGCACGCUGACGUCAGCGGCGGAAGAGCAGGUGCUGCGCUCUCCUCACAACAAACGGUAUCGGCGCAGCUAACGGUUCCGUUACCGAGCAGUCCCACCCCCGUCCGCUUCCACGAGCCAGACCGGCACCGAACCGAACCGGGCCGUCUCACCGGGACAGGAAGUCCGGAGGCCCCGCGGCCAUGACUCUGAACCAGAACCAGUCCGAGUCCGGCGGAGUCAUCAUCAACAACAGCGAGAGUGUGUUGAUGAAUCAUGACAACGUGGAGCUGGUCUUCUGUGAUGCUGACGGUCUGCCUGAAGUCUUCAGGAGGAGCAGGAAGGGCAGCGUGUACCUGACUCCGUACCGGGUGAUCUUCCUGGCCAAAGGCCGCGACGGGCUGCAGUCCUUCAUGAUGCCCUUCUACCUGCUGAAGGGCUGUGAGAUCAAGCAGCCGGUGCUGGGGGCCAACUACAUCAAAGGCAGCGUGACCGCCGAGCCCGGAGGCGGCUGGGAGGGCAGUGCCACCUUCAAGCUGGUGUUCUCCUCUGGGGGGGCCAUCGAGUUCGGCCAGUCCAUGCUGCAGGUGGCGGCUCAAGCCUCCAGAGGUCAGCCCGUCACCGCAGGCUUCGGUGGAUGUCCCUUCAUGGCAAACGGGGCUUACGCUCACCCCCCUCCCCCCGCCAACGGCAUGUACCCUGCAGGCCCCCCUCCGGUCUACUCCUACCCCAACCCGCCUCCUCCAGGGGGGUUCUACCCCAGUCCUGUAGGCUUUGAGGCCUCUGCAGGCUACAUGCCCCCGCCUCCUUAUUCUGCCCCUCUGGGCCAGCAGCCUCCUCACGACCCCGACCUGCCGUCCUCUGCUGCAGCUGAGGCCAAAGCAGCAGAGGCAGCAGCGAGCUGUGCCCCCCUCCCUCCCACACACGUCUACCUGCCUGAGGACAAACCUCCCCCGUACUCCCCCCCAGAGGAUAAGAAGAACCAGUAGACCCGGCCGACCCGCCUCGUCCCUCGGACCGACCAGAACCAUUCCUGUCACUUCCAUGCAAACCCGGUGAACCUCUGCAUUCCUCGUGAUGUGUGAUGAGCUUUAUCUUCUUCUGCAGCACCUUAACCCGAUGAGCGGGAGGAGUCCGGAGGAGUCCGGAGAGGUCCGGAGAGGUCCGGAGAGGUCCGGAGAGGUCCGGAUCCGGACGCUUCCUGUAGCUUGAAUUUCCUUCAGGAAGGAUGAAACUGUAGAUCAGCUGAUCUUUGGUUGGAAACCCUUUAGUGGAUCCGCUGAUGUGGAUCUGAGGAUCUCGGAUCAGACCAGGAUUAUUAUGAUGUCACUUCCUGCUUAGUCUUUCGCUUCUUUUCAUUUCCUGGAUCUGAUGAGGAACGUCUGCAUGAACUGGACUCUAAUAAACAGAACCCACUUUA